AUGCGUCUGGAGCCGAUAUGUGACGAAGAUAAGAGACAAUCGAUCAAAAUUCCGCCUUACAAUCCACCAAAUCGAGCUAACCCAAAAUUGUAUCCUUAUCCUUAUAACGCGGAAUUUCCGGAUUAUCCAAGAAAACAGGGUUUCCAGGCACUUAGUACUAAUGAAGGUGCUACUCCUAAUCUGACGACUCGACCCCCUACUCCAGGAUAUCCUACUCAUCCACCUACUCUGGAACAUCCUAGUAAACUGUGCAGUACGGUAUUUCCUCCUGAAGCCCAUACUCCUGUAUAUCCUUAUAAUCUGCUUGCUAAGGAAGACUGGCCUCAAGGAUAUCCUACGUAUCAGCAUACUCUGGUAAAUCCUCAUCAACAACCUCCUACUCAAGUUUAUCAUCCAGAACCAACUACUCCGUUAUAUCAAAGUCAACCACCUACUCAAGUUUAUCAUCCUCAACCAGCUACUCCGUUAUAUCAAAGUCAACCACCUACUCAAGUUUAUCAUCCUCAACCAACUACUCCGUUCUAUCAAACUCAACCACCUACUCAAGUUUAUCAUCCUCAACCAACUACUCUGUUAUAUCAAACUCAACCACCUACUCAAGUUUAUCAUCCUCAAACAACUACUUGGGUAGAUUCUACAAAUCCGCAUAAUAUAAUAUAUCCUCCUAAUACCUAUGAUCCAGCUAGUUGGUUUAAUCAAAACAUGGAAUCACAUCUGACACCACCAGGUCAAACAGCAGAACAGCAAGUACAAACUCCAACAUCGGUAAUUCCAGGACAAACAUCAAAAUUACCAGGUCAAAAACAACAUAUCAACAUCAAAAUUGGAGGAGGAUUCUGUUCUUUAUGCCAUAGAUAUAUCAAGACUAAACUGUGGAGGCAUUGCAAAGAUCAGCACAAAGAUCAUCAAAUGAUAAAGGAUCUUAAAAUUCUCCAAGAAAAGGACAUAAAAUCGUUUCACAAGAGAUUUAGAACCUUGGUGGAGUUAAUGAAGGCAGAGGAACAUACUCAAGAGGUUGAUGGCAUCGAUGACAAGAAGAUCGAAUGUAACUGCGGAGUUUCCCUAUUACGAAGCAGUCUGCGUGCCCAUUUGAAGAAAAGAUGUGUGCUGGCUCGAAACCUAUCAGAAGAUGGAAUUUCUUUAAGGAUACGGGAUAUUGUUGAUACAAUCAACAUAGAUGAAUUGGAAUCAUCAAAGGAGUUCAAACAAAUGGUUUAUGGAAUGAAACAAGAUGCGAUCUUUACAGAGGGGAUUAAAGAUAAAGCACUUGUGAACUAUUUUACCACUUUAAUCAAAAACAAACCAGAAGAUUACGUCAACAACGCGCGAGAACGAUUUAGGAAUGUAGCCAGACUGAAGUUGGCUCUAAAUAUCCAAUUAAAGAAGAAACUUGGCUGUGUGGAGCUGUUAACCCCAAAAAACUACAAGAAAAUUUCCCAAUUGUGUAAUGGAACUUUGUCUACGACGCUCUUUGACGCUCAAAAAUCUUGGAAGGUUAACUCUCAGGCCCUUUCCAACAUGAUCCAUGCGGUAGAGAAAUUUGUGGACGUAAAUGAACCUGAUCCCGUCAAGAGGUUGGAGGUUUCUGAGUUCAAGAAAUAUUUUCAACUGUAUUGGCACGAGGACGUGAAAGCAAAGCCCAUUUUGGACAGGAAAAUUCGAGCGAUAUCAAUGGGAACUGGUUUACCAAAACGUUCUUUGGUUGGUAUCAAUGAAGUAACAGCAAUAACAGCAACUGUUACAGAGGUCUUGAAUUCUAAUGAAGAAGAUGCAGAAGAAGACAUGGAGGAGGACGCGUAUAUAGAAGAAGAUGUUACGAUGAUAGAAGAUGAUGUUGAGUUUAAGGAUGUUGAGCUAACAGAAGAAGAUGUUGAGGUAGAGGAACCAGUUCUAGACUUAGACGAGAAGGAGGAUCCAGAACCAGAAUCCAGAAAGGAGAGCUUGAAAGGCUACAUGUACCAGUUCGUAACAGUUAAUAGCGGUUCUCUACAGAAUGUACCAAAACCUAAUUUUUAAUUUGAUUUGGCAUAUUGAACAAUGUUACUAUUAUAUGAUCAUGACUGUGAUUAAUUUUAUGUAAUACUUGAAAAAAUUCUUUAAGAGUUGAGCAAGUGUGAAAAUUUCCAGUGAAAAUAAAAUAAUGUUUAAAUUUAA